AUGGCUUCGUUGUCAUCCUCAACGCCUCCGUCGCCGUCAUCGGUAUCAACGCCAUUAUUGCGCGGCAAAUAUGCAAAUAUGGAGAGUCUAAGCAUCAGUGAACCAGGCGAUUGCGAUGAUGAUGAGCAGGAUUUCACAUUUCGCUAUCCCAGCUACAUGUAUCCCGAUGUGGAGUACGAUAAAAAUGAUGUGCCCCUCUCAUUUAGAGCUUCGCCAGACUCGCUGUUCAAUCUCUGUGCCGCCGUCGUCGAUGCCCAGGGACGUACUGAGGUCUUUAAGUGGAACAUCAAUGAUGUGGCCAAUUGGCUGAUUGAUUUUGGUUAUCCAGAAUAUGAGCAAACCUUCAGGGAGAACUACAUCGAUGGCCAUAAGCUUCUCAAUCUGGAUGCCAUUGCUUUGGUAGCCCUCAAUAUACGGGACUUUGAGCAUAUUCGUCAUUUGGGUCGCGGCAUUCGAGCUCUCUAUCGCAAGGAGUUGCAGACAGCCACUGAGGCGAAGCAGAAUAGCGAGGUGUAUAAAUCCUUUAGAUCUCGAACCGGACGCAACUAUGAGGGACUGCGUGAGACGGAGCUGCUGGGACGCAUGCAUAUGCUGCGAUCGGUCUUCCAGGACCUUAACGAAUGGGAUCUCAUGGAGCUGCAUAUGUCCCGCAUUCCAGUUCGACGAUAUCGCGAGGUGGUUGCCGGAUCCAGGCGCUAUAAUUUAUAUGGUCCAUCGACUGCACGUCGAGAACCUAUUAUGGUGGACGAUGUCGAUACGACCACUUGGUAUCAAUUUGGGGAUUGUUAUUGAAUGGUCGGUUAUCUAAUGC